AUGAAACAGUAUAACACGCAUGCUUCAUUUACGGCAAAUUCCGUGCUCCGUAUUAAUUGUGACCCGCUUGACUGCCACAGCGUGCAACCUGGGUCAGCGUCGGUUGUCGGGCCUUUUGUCCAGACUUGUCCCGAGGUUCGUCAAACCGCCCAAAGCCAGAUCCAGGCUGACGGCACAGGACUCUCGCACGUUCUCCUGCUCUCCGCUACGCUGGCGAUUGCUUGCUGGCAAUGA